CCCGGGAGGCGGGGUAGGGGGCCGGCUGCAUGGGGCUACUUAACGUGGAUGGUCCCGCUCGCGGACGUCCACAACUUAACGCAUCUGUGCUGAAGACGCAAACACACGCUCACACUUUUAAAAAAAAGCUUUACAUGAUCUGCGAGAGCUAAACAUGGGAGAGGAGGACUUUACAUACGAGCUGUUUCCAGACAACAGCACUGACAACAUGUCCGAGGGGUCCGCAGACUUUGAGCUCAACAUCCAGGAGCCAUGUGGCCAGGUGCUCAGCCACAACUUCAACAAGAUCUUCCUCCCAACGGUUUAUGGAAUAAUAUUCACCCUGGGGAUUAUCGGCAACGGACUGGUCGUCGUCGUCAUGGGCUACCAGAAGAAGGUCAAGACGAUGACGGACAAGUACCGGCUUCACCUCUCCGUGGCCGACCUGCUGUUCGUCCUCACGCUGCCCUUCUGGGCCGUGGACGCAGUCAAGACGUGGUACUUUGGAGGCUUCCUCUGCGUGUCGGUGCACAUGAUCUACACGGUGAACCUGUACAGCAGCGUCCUGAUCCUGGCCUUCAUCAGCUUGGACCGGUACCUGGCGGUCGUCCACGCCACCAACAGCCAGGCCACGAGAAAGCUGCUGGCGAGCAGAGUGAUCUACGUUGGAGUGUGGCUGCCGGCUGCCAUCCUGACAGUUCCUGACAUGGUGUUCGCCCGAGUCCGGGACGUGAGCUCCUCCAACUACCUCUUCGUGGACAGCAGCAUGGAGAGCACCAAUUCCAGGACGAUCUGUCAGCGAAUCUACCCGGUGGAAACCAGCCUCAUAUGGACGGUGGUUUUCCGCUUCCAGCACAUCCUGGUGGGCUUCGUCCUUCCCGGACUGGUCAUCCUCGUCUGCUACUGCAUCAUCAUUUCCAGGCUCUCCAAAGGCGCCAAGGGGCAGACCCUGAAGAAGAAAGCUCUGAAGACCACGGUGAUCCUCAUCGUUUGCUUCUUUGGCUGCUGGCUGCCCUACUGCGUCGGCAUCUUCGUGGACACCCUCAUGAUGCUGAACGUCGUGUCCUCCGGCUGCGUGCUGCAGCAGGCGGUGGAGACGUGGAUCUCCGUCACCGAAGCGCUGGCCUACUUCCACUGCUGCCUGAACCCCAUCCUCUACGCCUUCCUGGGGGUGAAGUUCAAAAAGACCGCCAGGAGCACGCUCACGAUGAGCAGCAGGUCAAGCCAGAAAACGACUCUCAUGUCUAAAAAGCGCGGGCCGAUUUCCUCUGUGUCCACAGAGUCCGAGUCUUCCAGCGUUUUGUCAAGUUAACCGGCGGUCAGUGUUGGGAGUUAACUCCAUGCUCUCAGGAGAGACUUAAAAACUCUAAGCUUUCAUUUUGAAAGAACUUACUACAUUUUGUACACAUGUAAAAAAAAUAAAAUAAAGAGGGUUGUUUUUUUAUGCCUUUGCCUUUGUAUGUCUUGAAAACGGCAACUUUGUUUUUGUUAAAAUUUUUUUCCCCACACAAUUGUUUGGCUCUUUAAAUAGUAUUGUGUCCUGGGGCAGUACUUCUUUUCCAUUGAAGAUCCAACAUCUUAUCAUCCUCAAAGACUGUGAUGCUCCAGCAGGACUCAGGUUCAAUUGGUUCCUAACCUUUUUUUUUCUCCACUAGUAGCUGCUUUUGUAUAUAGUUUUUUUUUUUUUUUUUUUGUGUAGCAUUUUUUUGUAUUCGCACUUAAGUUGCGUGAAUAAGUGAAAGCUAUAAUUUAUUGCCGUCGUUUACACUGGGCUUAUGCUUGAUUUAAGAAUGUUGCUUUUUGUACCUGUGAGUGUGUGUGUGAUUGUUUUUUUACUGUAAAAUAAAAAUCUCUUGUACUUUCCACGA